AUGGAGUUCAAAAAUUUAGAUCCUAGACUUUCUCGUGCUUUAUCAAAACUUAAUUAUCAUAAACCAACUUUAAUACAGGCGGAAGCAAUACCAUUAGCGUUAGCUGGAAAAGAUAUUUUAGCACGAGCCCGUACUGGUAGUGGAAAAACUGCUGCUUAUUGUCUGCCUGUAGUUCAAAAGAUCUUGGCUGCCAAAGACGCAUUAUCAGAAUCUUCUUUAGAACGUGUUGCAACGCGUUCAAUUAUCUUAGUUCCCACUCGUGAGCUUGCUGUUCAAGUAACAAAAUUUUUAGAUGAAUUAUUGAUAUAUUGUUCUAAAGAUGUGAAAACCGCCAAUCUAGCUGGUAACAUCCCUAUGAAAUUACAAAAAUCGAUAUUAUUAGAAAUACCGGAUAUAGUUAUCGCAACACCAAGUCGUAUAUUAUCACAUCUCGAGUCACAAUCUUUAAUUGUUCGCAAUAGUCUAGAUUCACUUGUUAUUGAUGAAGCAGACCUUAUACUCUCAUAUGGUUACGAGAAAGACCUUCAAAAAAUAUUAUCAUUUCUUCCAAAAAUAUUUCAAAGCAUAUUGAUGAGCGCAACAUUAACAAAGGACGUUGAAAACCUAAAGCAACUUUUAUUAAGAAAUCCGAUUAUCUUAACAUUGCAUGAAGAAAAAGAAGAAACCAAUCUUUUAACACAAUAUGCUGUGAGAUGUUCGGAAAUAGACAAGUUUCUUUUGAUAUAUGUUAUCCUAAAACUUCGUUUAAUUAAGGGAAAGUGUAUAAUAUUUGUGAAUGAUAUUGAUCGAUGUUAUCGAUUAAAACUAUUCUUGGAACAAUUCUCCAUAAAAAGCUGUGUUCUAAAUUCAGAAUUGCCUUUAAAUUCUAGAUAUCAUAUCGUGCAGGAAUUUAAUAAGGGAGUUUAUGAUUACAUCGUUGCGACCGAUGAAGGAGAUUUUAAAAGUGAGCAAGAUACUGAAGAUGAGUUGAACGAAGAAGAGCUUGGAGAUAAUGCAGAUUUAGAAUCAAAUGAUAUGACUCGUUCCAACAAAAAAUCAAAAUCACCGGAAAAAAACGGCAAGAAAAAAUUGCGAGCGCGAAAAAGGGAUAGAGAAUAUGGAGUAUCUCGCGGCGUUGAUUUCAUAAAUGUGGCGGCAGUCAUUAAUUUUGAUUUUCCAACUUCAGCAAAAUCAUAUAUUCAUAGAGUAGGACGAACCGCACGCGCUAACCAGAGAGGAAUGAGUUUAAGUUUCGUUGUACCAAAAGAACUUGUUGGACAGAACAAAAAUGUAACGUGUUUAACAACAAAACGCGACGAGGAAAUUUAUGCACGCGUAGAGAAGAAACAAUCCCUCGCUAAUUCUACAAUCAAACCUUAUUCAUUUGAUAUGAAUCAAGUAGAGGGAUUUCGUUAUCGUAUCGAAGAUGCAUUGAGAGCAGUGACCCGUAUCUCUAUUAGAGAAGCACGAGUAAAAGAUGUUAAAUCAGAAAUAUUAAAUUCCGAGAAAUUGAAGGCACAUUUUGAGGACAAUCCUAAUGAUUUAACUAUCCUACGUCAUGAUAUUACAAUCCAUCCUGCUAAAGUUCAACAACACAUGAAACAUAUACCAUUUUAUUUAAUGCCGAAAAUUGCACCACCCUCUGGUGUUAAUUCUGUUCAAGAUGAUAACGAAGAUUCUUCAAAAUUAGGACACAUUCCAUUUCAUAAAAAUUUACCAAAUAAUCUUCGUCGAACUCAUAAUUUUACUCAUAAGAAACGCAAAAAUGAUCCUUUAAAAACUUUUAGUAUAGGUGAUGCUUUUUCAACUAAUGGAAAGAACAAAAGACAGAGAAAGAAAUAA